AUGGCAGUCAGGAAAUCAAACAAGCUGGCACAAGCAAAAGUCUUGAGGCAAAUCCUGAAGAGGUGCUCUAGCUUGGGGAAGAACAACAACAACAACAACAACGAUCAUGAUGAUGAUUGCUUCCCACCCUUGGAUGUCCCAAAGGGACACUUUGCAGUCUACGUAGGGGAGAAGAGGAGUAGGUAUAUCGUCCCGAUCUCGUUCCUAACCCACCCUGAGUUCCAGUUCCUGCUCAGACGAGCCGAGGAGGAGUUUGGUUUCGAUCACGACAUGGGUCUCACCAUCCCUUGUGAGGUCCCCGCCGGCCACGUCGCCGUCUGCGUCGGGGCGAGCUGCCGGAGAUUCGUCGUCCGGGCGACUCACCUCAACCAUCCGAUCUUCAGGCGCGUCCUCGCGCAGGCCGAGGAGGAGUUCGGUUUCGCCAACGCCGGGCCGCUGCGGAUCCCCUGCGAGGAGAUGGAGUUCGAGGAGAUUUUGAAAUUGGCGUCGAGAUCCGAUUCGAUCAGGAGGUUUCUGCAUCUGGAGGAGAUUCAGCGGUGCGCUCACUCCUGCGUUGUUCGGAGGAACAGCAGCAACAACAACAACGGGGAGUUCGUCGGAGAUUCGAGGCCUUUGCUCCGUGGCUGA